CAAAGCUGAAUACUUGAAAUGACUAAUCACUAAAAUGUUUUAUAUUAAACCGUUUGCACCUCAGUGCAGUGAUAUUAAAUGUGGUCCACAUCAACAUUGUGUAGAGAAUAUCAAUAAAACUUUAACAUGUGUUUGCAAUGUAUUUUAUGCUCCGGAAAAUCUUGAUCCCAAGGUUCCACUUGAAUGUCAUUUUAGUUGGAUUACAUUAAUCAUAGUAUUGGCUUUUUCGCUAUUGGCUUUAAUUUGUAUAAUAUGGAUUAUGUAUGCUAUUUGUAAAGCCUGGUCAAGAAGACGAAAGUAUGAAACGUUUCAACCAUCAAAUCAUGAUCCAGCAGAAACUGAAUCGAUUAAAUCCGUUGGAAGUCGUGCAUCAAUACCUUAUAAUACAAGAUCAGUAAAUGAUAUGUAGCUAUUGAAUUCAAAAAUGAUAUUUUUUUCUUUUCAUCAUGAAGUAAAAAAUAAAACGUAAUCAUCGUUAAGAAAUUGACGAUUACUAUGUAAUUUAUUGUUAUGUUGUAAGAUAACCACAUAUUUUGUGCAUCAAUCUGAUCAAGUAUAUAAAAUCAUUGUACAUUCAAUGAUGAAUUACUUGUUUGCUAUUGCAAUCAAUAAGUCAGUCAUUGAUAGUGGCCAUUUAAAAAAAAAACUAGUUUAAUUUAUGCAUACAGUUUAAAUGUUGUUGUGUUCAAUUUGUCAUUACAACUAUACACUUUCAAUUUUCAAUUUUUCAUUUCUUUAAUGAGUCAUUGUUUUCAUUUGUAUCCUCCAUAAUUCACUAGUAUUGCUUCAAUUAAAAAUUAUAAUUUUAAUGAAGAAUGGAUUAACACUUUGAAAAUUAUUGAUUAAUGUCUAAAUCAAUGUAUGUCACCGAAAUAAAUGUCGGUUGCAGUUAAAGUGACUAAUAAUAGCCCCGCAGUGUUUUUUUUCAGGAAAUACGUUAAACAGUUUUUACUCAUAACAGUUGGAAAUAUAUAAUUUUUAUGUCAGUAUUAGCAAAACUUCAAAAUAUAGUGCUAAUUACUCAAUACACAGUCUUAAAAGAAUUCAUUCUGAACAACAUGACUGAGCAAUGUUCCUCGAUCAAUAUUAUAUAUAUAUAGGCUUUGAAUGAGUUUAUGAUUUCAUUGAUUUUUGUUUUAAAAUUCACAUGAGUUUUCAAUAUUUCAUGUUUCAAAAACGACAAUUUGUUUACUUUAGUUUAUAUAUUCAGUUAAUUUCAAUACAUGAGCCAUUAAUCAUGCAUUAAAAUUAUUUUGAAACAAUCAACAUGAAUCAAAUUACC